GUAUACCUUACCGUUCUCAAUGACUUUCCGAGCUCCCAAAAAAGGUGAAAACUACGAGCUCAGUGUCGACCUAAACAGCGAAUAUCGCGAAAAACGCAAAGAUGCUAUCAAACGUGUCAUAGCUUCGAUGACUGUCGGCAAGGAUGUCAGCGGUCUCUUUCCAGAUGUUCUCAAAAAUAUGCAAACAGAAGACCUUGAACAGAAAAAGCUCGUCUAUCUCUACCUCAUGAACUAUGCCAAAACUCAACCUGAACUGGUCAUUCUCGCCGUGAACACUUUCGUCAAAGAUUCAGACGAUCCAAACCCGCUCGUGAGAGCGCUUGCGAUACGGACGAUGGGUGUCUUGAGGGCGGAGAAGAUUAUUGAUUAUCUCUGUGAUCCGUUACAAAAGUGCUUGAGGGAUGAGAAUCCGUACGUUAGGAAGACAGCGGCACUGUGUGUUGCGAAGUUAUAUGAUCUGAAGCCGGAGUUGGUUGUGGAGAACGGAUUUUUGGAACACUUGCAUGAGAUGAUCUCGGACAGUAAUCCAAUGGUAGUCGCCAAUACAGUGGCAGCCCUUACAGACAUUCACAUUGCAGCUACAUCUCAACCAUCGACUUCGUCGUCCGAUCAUGGUAUCUUUCCCAUUACAACAAACAUUCUGAACAAACUUCUAAUCGCUCUCAACGAGUGCUCUGAAUGGGGACGUGUUGCUGUAUUGAAUGCACUCUCGAGGUACGAGGCGCUUGAUGAGAAGGAGAGUGAACAUAUAUGUGAACGUGUCGUACCCCAAUUCCAACAUGCAAAUGGGAGUGUGGUUCUGGCUGCUGUAAAGGUCAUUAUGAUCCACAUACGAGGCGUGCAUCGCGAAGACCUCAUCAAACAGCUAAUUCGGAAGAUGGCACCCCCACUAGUCACCCUUCUUUCCUCCCCUCCGGAAGUCCAAUGGGUCGCGCUCCGGAACAUCAACUUGUUGCUGCAGAAACGUUCAGACAUCUUACAAAAUGAGAUGAGGGUAUUUUUCUGCAAGUACAAUGAUCCGUUGUAUGUGAAAGUCGAAAAAUUGGACAUUAUGGUUCGGCUGGCGGGGGAGAAUAAUGUCGAUGCAUUGUUGAGCGAAUUGAAGGAGUAUUCUUCAGAAGUGGAUGUUGACUUUGUUAGGAAAAGUAUCAAGGCGAUUGGCCAGACCGCGAUCAAGAUCGAUGUUGCUGCAGAACGAUGCGUAAACGUACUACUCGAGCUCAUAGACACCAGGGACAUAUUCCGCAAAUACCCUUCCACCUAUGAAGGCAUAAUCCCCACGUUAUGUGCGAACCUGGAUGAACUGGAUGAACCAGAAGCCAAAGCAUCCCUAAUAUGGAUUAUUGGAGAAUACGCCAGUAAAAUCGAUAACGCAGAUGAGUUAUUGGGGAUAUUCGUUGAUUCCUUUACGGAAGAGUCGUAUGCUGUCCAACUUCAAACGUUAACGGCCGUCGUCAAGCUUUUCUUGAAGAAGCCAGAUUCCUCACAAGGAAUCGUUCAGAGAGUUCUGAAUACCGCUACCAAAGACUGUGAUUCUCCCGAUGUCCGAGAUAGGGCAUAUAUCUACUGGCGUUUACUCUCGACAGAUCCGGGCGCCGCAAAGUCUGUGGUUCUGGCGACUCGACCGCCAAUUACCAUUCCCCGAACGGCUGUACCUCCAGCGCUACUGGAAGAGUUACUCGGAGAGAUAUCGAGUCUUGCAAGUGUCUACCACAAGCCUCAGGAAACAUUUGUUGGACGUGGAAAAGUCAGUGCCGAUUCACUUCAGCGCAAGGGAACCGAGCUGUCAGAUGAGCGGUUCUCCAGACAAAAGGCACUCCAAACGGUGGCUGCAGGCCAACAGUCAGAGAAUCUGCUGGACUUUGAUGAUUCUCCAGCUGCAGAAGGACAACCUUCAGGUCUUGCUGCGACGGAGGUUUACUCACAUACUUCGGCUGCAGCUAAUCUAAUUGCAGGAACGUCAACAAAUCCUCUUGAUGAUCUCGUUUCGAUCUUUGGGAAUACUGCACCUACACUGGCACCGGCAGCUGCACCGGCAGCAGCUGGUGCUUCACAUGAUCUCUUUGGUGGGAUGGACUUUGGUGGUUCUAGUGGAUCUGGGGGGCUUGGCUCUCCGUUGACAGCUCAGCCUUCUGGUUCACAAGUGACCUCCCCGGUCUCAUCGCAACCGCAGAAUACUCAAGAGGAUCUUUUGGGGUUGUUCUAGAUUUACUGGGUUCCUCCAUGUUGUAUCGUGUACUUGUAGAAUGGAAGUAAUCGCCUUAGAGGGGGUGCGGUUCAAGUGGACCCCGCUGACCCCGUUACUAUCGCUCUUGAAACGUCUUUUGUUCAAUGUAGGGGC